GACGACCCGACCGGCCCCGAGACUUGGAGCUGACAGACCUGGCCGAGAGGAGCGUGAGGCUCACGUGGAUUCCUGGUGAUGACAACAACAGCCCCAUCACAGACUACAUCGUACAGUUCGAGGAGGAUCGUUUCCAGCCUGGCAUGUGGCACAACCACUCCAGGUACCCUGGGAGUGUCAACUCGGCCGUGCUGAGCCUCUCUCCUUAUGUCAACUACCAGUUCCGGGUGAUAGCAGUGAACGACGUGGGCAGCAGUGUGCCCAGUGUGCCCUCCGAGCGCUACCAGACCAACGGGGCACGUCCUGAGAUUAACCCAACAGGAGUGCAAGGUGCAGGGACCCAAAAGAACAACAUGGAGAUCACCUGGACGCCCCUGAAUGCCACCCAAGCCUACGGGCCCAACCUGCGGUACAUCGUGCGCUGGCGGCGCCGCGAGCCGCGCGGCAGUUGGUACAACGAGACGGUCAAGGCCCCGCGCCACGUCGUCUGGAACACUCCCAUCUAUGUGCCCUACGAGAUCAAGGUGCAGGCAGAGAACGACUUUGGCAGAGCCCCAGAGCCUGACACCUACAUUGGCUACUCCGGGGAGGAUUAUCCCAAGGCUGCUCCCACAGAUGUUAGGAUAAGGAUUUUAAACAGCACUGCCAUUGCUCUGACCUGGACACGAGUGCACCUGGACACCAUCCAGGGACAGCUCAAGGAGUACAGAGCUUAUUUCUGGAGGGAAAGUAGUUUGCUGAAGAACCUGUGGGUCUCCAGAAAACGGCAGUUUGUGAGUUUUCCUGGAGACAGAAACAGGGGCAUAGUGUCCAGGCUGAUCCCUUACAGCAACUACAAGCUGGAGAUGGUGGUAACCAACGGCAGAGGAGAUGGGCCACGCAGUGAGCUUAAGGAGUUCCCCACACCUGAAGGAGUGCCCAGCUCCCCCAGGUACUUGAGAAUCCGACAGCCCAACCUGGAAAUCAUCAAUCUGGAGUGGGAUCACCCAGAGCAUCCCAAUGGAAUCCUCACGGGAUACAACCUUAGAUAUCACGCCUCCAUCACCCCCUGCCUUUCCUCCCCAGUUAAUGGAUCCAAAACAGGCCGAGCCAUGGUGGAGAGCUUCUCCCCCAACCAGACCAGGUUCACCCUGCAGAGGACAGAUCCCAUCUCACGCUAUCACUUCGUCCUGCGCGCACGGACACAGGUGGGAGAAGGAGAAGCCAUAGUGGAGGACUCUCCAGCCUUGCUGAACGAAGCUACUCCAACCCCAGCUGCAACUGGGAUCCCUCCAACUACAGUUGAACUAACCAGUGCUCCAACCACCCCAACUACCGACACAACUACCACCACCACCGACACAACUACCCCAACUACCGACACAACUACCACCACCGACACAACCACCACCACAACUACCACCACAACUACCACCACCACCACCAGUACCACCACAGCUGCAGAGAGAGCUCCAGCAGCCACCACAAAGCAGGAGUUGGCCACCAAUGGAUCAUCCAUAUGGGACAUAAGAGCUAUGGCUAAUAGUAACUGGGCAAACAUCACCUGGAGCCACAAUUACUCUGCAGGAACUGACUUUGUGGUUAAGUAUAUCACCAGUAACAAGACCGAGAGGUCUAUCCCUGUUAAGGCUCAAACCCCUUCCUCAGUGCAGCUGGCGGAUCUGACGCCGGGGAUGAUGUACAAGCUGUGGGUGUUCCCCAUAUGGUCUAGCCCCAGCGAGCACUCGUACAUAACCUUUACCACCAGCUCAG